UUGCGCCCCACGCUCUCCUCGCGCCGCCGCCUUCGUCGUCGCCGUCAGUGCAGCAGCAAUCUCCGGUGCCAACCAACGACGAAAGUAUGGAUACCCAGGUCAAGCUUGCUGUUGUGGUCAAGGUGAUGGGCCGCACUGGAUCCAGGGGUCAGGUGACCCAGGUCAGAGUGAAGUUCCUUGAUGACCAGAACCGUCUCAUCAUGAGGAAUGUUAAGGGCCCUGUCCGCGAGGGUGACAUCCUCACCCUGCUUGAGUCGGAGCGUGAAGCCAGGAGACUGCGGUGAUGAUCUGUGGUUCCUGUCUUCAGAAGUAAAAUGUUCUCUUGUUACCUUGUUUAGGGUACUACUUUCUAAUCAAGUUCUUAUCACUGGUUAUCCCUUGGCUAGCUAUCUGGUACGAGAUGGUAGCAUUUGAGAUGUAAUGAGUACUUACCUGGUGGUAUAUUGCCUAAAUUAUAGCGUACUUGUUGUGAGACUAAGUUGUGCUCUGUCAUUGCAGUAAAAAUGUACUGAUUGGUGAAUGCUAUACUAAAUCUUCUUGAGUGCA